GUGGGCAGCGGGCGGAGCGCAGCCGCCGGGCGGAGCGGGCUCAGAGCCCGGGUCUCCGCGGCUCGGCUCGGGACCCGGCGGCGGGGGCGGCGAUGUUCCACUGCAUCCCCCUGUGGCGGUGCAACCGUCAUGUGGAGACCAUCGACAAGCGCCACUGCUCGCUGGUCUACGUCCCCGAGGAGAUCUACCGCUACGCCCGCAGCUUGGAGGAGCUGCUGCUGGACGCCAACCAGCUCCGCGAGCUGCCCGAGCAAUUUUUCCAGCUAGUCAAAUUACGGAAGCUUGGACUUAGUGAUAAUGAAAUUCAGCGGCUCCCUCCAGAAAUAGCAAACUUCAUGCAGCUGGUGGAACUUGAUGUUUCUCGAAAUGAUAUUCCUGAAAUUCCAGAAAGCAUCUCAUUCUGUAAAGCACUACAGAUAGCUGACUUCAGCGGAAACCCACUGACUAGACUUCCAGAAAGCUUUCCUGAAUUACAGAAUUUGACAUGUCUUUCUGUAAAUGACAUCUCACUGCAGUCCCUGCCUGAAAAUAUUGGCAAUCUUUAUAACCUGGCUUCCCUGGAACUGAGAGAGAAUCUUCUUACAUAUCUUCCUGACUCUCUUACCCAGCUGCGGAGACUAGAAGAACUUGAUUUAGGAAACAAUGAAAUAUAUAACUUGCCAGAAUCAAUUGGAGCUCUCUUACAUCUAAAGGAUCUCUGGUUGGAUGGAAAUCAACUGUCAGAAUUACCUCAGGAAAUAGGAAAUCUGAAGAACCUGCUGUGCUUAGAUGUCUCUGAAAACAGGUUGGAAAGACUUCCUGAAGAAAUCAGUGGCCUGACUUCAUUAACAGAUUUAGUCAUUUCCCAGAACUUACUAGAAAUGAUUCCGGAUGGCAUCGGAAAACUAAAGAAACUGUCGAUCUUGAAGGUGGAUCAGAACAGACUCACACAGUUGCCUGAAGCAGUUGGGGACUGUGAAAGCCUCACUGAGUUAGUUCUUACAGAAAACCAGCUCCUGACCUUACCUAAGAGCAUUGGAAAACUUAAGAAGUUGAGCAACUUGAAUGCAGACAGAAAUAAAUUAGUGUCUUUACCAAAAGAGAUUGGUGGGUGCUGCAGCCUCACUGUGUUCUGUGUACGUGAUAAUAGACUAACUCGGCUACCUGCAGAGGUGUCACAGGCCACAGAGCUUCAUGUCCUGGAUGUGGCAGGGAACAGGCUGUUACAUCUCCCUUUAUCCUUGACUGCCUUGAAGCUGAAGGCUUUAUGGUUGUCUGACAACCAGUCCCAGCCUCUGCUCACAUUCCAGACGGACACAGACCAUACCACUGGAGAGAAGAUUUUGACCUGUGUCUUGCUUCCUCAGCUGCCUUCUGAACCCACUUGCCAAGAGAACCUGCCUCGCUGUGGGGCACUGGAGAGCUUGGUGAGCGAUGUCCCCGAUGAGGCCUGGAAUGAGCGUGCGGUGAACAGAGUCAGUGCAAUCCGAUUUUUGGAAGAUGAGAGAGAUGAUGAAGACAAUGAAACGAGGACGCUCCUGCGGAGGGCCACCCCGCACCCAGGAGAGCUGAAGAACAUGAAGAAGACCGUGGAGAAUUUGCGGAACGACAUGAAUGCUGCUAAAGGACUGGAUUCAAACAAAAACGAGGUCAACCACGCCAUUGACCGAGUGACCACUUCUGUAUAGAACUUCACCUCCGAAUUUUACCUCCCGUGUCUCCCCCUGCUGUCCAGACGUCCCCGUCUGCUGGCCUGGCCGGGAGCCUGGCGCGGCCUGGGUCUUCCCGCAACGCGGGCACCUGCGCGUCGCUGCCCCGGGCCCGGGCCGCUUGCUGGGCCGCUGCUCACCCACGGAAGUGCCUUAUGGGGCCCUCCGCCCGCCGGGAGCCGCCUUGUCCCCGACCUCCAGUCCUUUGUCCGGAGUAGAAUACACUACUGUAAACAGCUGACCUUUGCUUCUGUCUUUUGUUGGGGUAAGGGAGCGCAGGAAGGGGAAAUGUGUUUAUCCUCCUCCCCCACCCCCAUAAAGUGCUGGGACAUUUUGAGCUCAAGUUCUCUUGGACCUACUGAUGAGACAGUGUUUUAUGUACGGGGAAUAAUUGAUUCUUUAAAAAAAAAAUCUUUUUGGCAGCUCAGAUAGUGUACAUUUAAAAAUUUUGUAUAGGUAUUUCAUAGCAAAAAGAAAUGUGUAUUUCUUUUUUUGUUAUUUUAUCUUGGAAACGGUACAUAUUUUAGUAUUUGUGCAGACAAAAACAAAAAAAAGCAACAGUCCUAAAGUAUUUGUUAUCACUUGUACCAUCCACUUGUGCCUUACUGUAUCAUGAAUAAUGUCAAACCAGUUGUACACAGUGGCAUCCUUGAGCAGUGAGAUGAGAGACUAGGAGUGUGGAACUUUUAAAGCGAGUUGGAUUUUAACCAGUAAUGUACCUGGUGGAUUUGUUUUUAACCAAAAAGAAGAGUUAUCACCAAUUUGUACAUUUUAUGAGUUGAUUUUUUUUUGUAAAAAAAAAAAAAAGAAAAGAAAGAAAAAAGAAAAAAGGAUGAACCAAAGGAUUAGACUGCUAAUACUUCAUUUCUUACACUUUAACUCUUUUAUGAGUGAGUCUCUUAUAAUGAGUGCAGUGUCUGAUUGUACCUGCUUGGAAGGUAUAUGCCAUUUGUAAAAUAAAAUAGAGCAGAAAAGCACAACAGGAGAAAACUGGUAUAGAAAUUCAAUUGAUAAAUGAAUUAUGUACUGCAAAAGAAAGUAUGAUUUUUAUUGAAGAAAGCUUUAAAAGUUUUAUAUUGAUAUAAAACCACAAUAAAGCAAAAUAACCAUAUUAGAAAUGUUUGCUAUCUUUGUUAAGUGCAAUUUAAUUUGUAAAUAGAGUUUGAAUCAAAGUAUAACAAAUCCUUGCUUCAAGUUUUAAUUUUAAAUCUGCUAAUUUAAGGGGCAUGGGGGGUUAUGUUUUGGUGUUUCUGUUGAUUUCUUUCCCUUUUUUUUUUUUUUUUUGUAUAAUGUCAUAAAAGAGAAAUGAAAAGUGCCAGUCACUAUGUGGUAUCUAGGAAAAUCAUGAUAUUGUUGGUUUUUUGUUUUCUCUCUGUGAAAUAAAAUCACCCUGGAAUUAACCAUA